AUGAAAGAUGAGACUCACGUCAAGGUGGACGUCCGGCAGCUUCCGGGGCUACUGUUUUUUACUGCCCAGCAUAAGUUUGAUGUUCCGGAGGAAAAGGACAACAGAAGGACAAAAGAAGGACAAAAGAAGGACAUAAGAAGGACAAAAAAAGGACAUAAGAAGGACAAAAGUAGGAAAAAAGAAGUACAAAGCAAUAACAACAGAAGGACAAAAGAAGAACAAAACAAGGACAAAAGAAGGACAAAAGAAGGACAAAAGAAGGACAAAAGAAAGGACAAAAGGAGGACAAAAGAAGGACAAAAGAAGGACAAAAGGAGAACAAAGAAGGAAUAUAGAAGGACAAAAGAAGGACAAAAGGAGAACAAAAGAAGGAAAAAAGAAGGACGAAAGAAGGACAAAAUAAUGACAAAAGAAAGACAAACAGAAGAAGGACAAAAGGACAUAAGGAUAAAAGGACAAAAGGACAAAAGAACAAAAGGACAAAAGGACAAAAGGACAAAAGGACAAAAGGACAAAAGGACAAAAGGACAAAAGGACAAAAGGACAAAAGGACAAAAGGACAAAAGGACAAAAGGACAAAAGGACAAAAGGACAAAAGGACAAAAGGACAAAAGGACAAAAGGACAAAAGGACAAAAGGACAAAAGGACAAAAGGAUGAGAGGACAAGAGGACAAAAGGACAAAAGGACAAAAGGACAAAAGGACAAAGGACAAAAGGACAAAAGGAUAAAAGGACAAAAGGACAAAAGGACAAAAGGACAGAAGGACAAAGGACAAAAGGACAAAAGGACAAAAGGACAAAAGGACAAAAGGACAAAAGGACAAAAGGACAAAAGGACAAAAGGACAGAAGGACAAAAGGACAAAAGGACAAAAGGACAGAAGAACAAAAGGACAAAAGGACAAAAGGACAAAAGGACAAAAGGACAAAAGGACAAAAGGACAAAAGGACAAAAGGACAAAAGGACAAAAGGACAAAAGGACAAAAGCACAAAAGGACAAAAGGACAAAAGGACAAAAGGACAAAAGCACAAAAGGACAAAAGGACAAAAGAACAAAAGGACAAAAGGACAAAAGGACAAAAGGACAAAAGGACAAAAGGACAAAAGGACAAAAGGACAAAAGGACAAAAGGACAAAAGGACAAAAGGACAAAAGGCGAAAGGACAAAAGGACAAAAGGACAAAAGGACAAAAGGACAAAAGGGCAAAAGGCGAAAGGACAAACUGGAGAAAAGUCCAAAGGGCAAAAGGAAAAGCACAAAUUUAUCAAAAGACAAAAAAAUUAAAAGACAAUAA